AUGAAAUUGAAGUAUGAUAAGAAUUCAGCGGAUGCACCAUUUGAGGUCGGCCAACGAGUAUGGAUUUAUACGCCAAAGGUAAAAAGAGGCCUUAGUAAGAAACUGUUAUCAAAGUGGAACGGUCCUUUUCGAAUCUGCCUUAAAUUGUCUCCUGUGCAUUAUCAAGUUCGCACUUGUUACAACCGCUUAGUGGCCACGACUGUUCACGCUAACAGAUUAAAGCACUUUUAUGACCCUGCCGAUCGGCCUAUUUUACCACCAACAGUAGACGAUCCUGAUGAUCUUGCAUUCGAUGCUGCUGAUCUUCCCGCUGAUAGUUUUUCUACAGAUGAUUCUCCUCCCUCUAGCUCAAGUAAUGCUGAACCCAUACAAGAUGUUAACGAGAAUCCUAACGCUAGUCCCGUUGACUCUACAGACGUCUUCCAAGACCCAGAUGUCUUUGCAGCCGAAAAGAUUCUCCGAUCCAGAAGAAGAAAUGUCGAAGUUCAGUACCUCAUCCGAUGGGCAAACUACCCUGUUUCAGACGCGACUUGGGAACCGGCCGAGAAUAUUUUGGAUUAA